CUCUUCUCUUCUCCGCCACGGACAGGAAUCCAAGUAUCCAACUCCGCGACACGCGACGGCGCCUGUUCGCCCGGUCGCGGUCGGUCGGUUCGUGCCGUGGACUUGAAGCCUCCUUCCUCACACCGCCUUCGACUUCUCCUGCGCUUCUGUGCUCCCGUCCCCUGCCUCCUCCGUGUGGCUCCCGGCCGGUGGCGUGGCUUCUUCGAGCCUCGCUAGCUCUCCCUCGCUCCUCCGGCGGCCGCGCCGCGGCGACGAGCUGGGAGGGAGGGUCCGCGCGCGCGCGCGCGCAUCAGCUCUCCGCGGGGCCGAGCAGCCGGGUGGCAGCGCUGGUGAUUCCUGCAUAAAGUUCAUUCUUGUUUGGUGGCUUCUUCUUGUUACAAGGGCACACCAACCUGCCUCAAGUUUUGUUGGUACACUUAUUUGUGAUUAUAAAGCUUAAAUGCACACCUGGGAACAUUUGUGUGACUUUAAAGUGGUUGCUGAGUACCAGAUCAGGCUGACAGUUCAGCAAGAAUUGAGUGAACUUUCUGGUUUGGAUGGUUUGGUUCUGAAUAGCAUUUUUUGAAGUUAUGUGAUGCUUUAGGUUGAAAUAUAGUGAAUGCAAACCACUGGCCAACUUGUCAGAAAGGUUUUGAGUGAUGAAGAAAUGGCAUGGUGGUUUUGUCAUAGUAUCACUGUUCAUUAUCUUGAUGUUAAGAUAUGUGUUAUUGGAUAGCCUGCUUGCAGAAAAAUCCCUUCAAUAUGUCUUCCAGCAAAACAGUACAGCAGCACUACAUUGGUUGGAUGUUCCAAAUCCGCCCGCAAUCCAGAAUCCACAGAACUCCUCUGAAGUAAUAUCAACCAAACUCUUGGCGUCCAACCUUUCCAUUACCAGAAAUCUCUCUGAUAGAGAACUACAAUCCUUGCAUUCUUGGAAUCAUUUGAAAUAUCUUGUAACUCAUGCCCAUAUCCUACCAGAUGGAGUGGAGGCAAUCAGGGAAGCUGGGGUUGUAUGGAGGAAAUUAAAUACAGUCCUUGCAUAUGAUGAUUCAUUUGUUUCUGUAAAUGACAGCACUCAGAAAAAAGACAAACGAAAACAAUGUCCAUAUUCUAUUCGAAGAAUGAAUGCUACAAGGUUAGGUGAUAGAUUUGUCUUAAAGAUUCCCUGUGGAUUGCUUCAGGGCUCUUCCAUUACUAUUAUUGGUACUCCUGGUGGUCUUCUGGGUAAUUUUAAGAUAGAGUUAACUGGGGCAGCUGUUCCUGGUGAACCAGACCCUCCAAUUGUCCUUCAUUACAAUGUCCGCCUUCUUGGUGAUAAACUUACAGAAGAUCCUGUAAUAGUCCAAAAUACAUGGACUAUAGCUGAUGAUUGGGUUUCUGAAGAUCGUUGCCCUUCUCCUGAAUCGGAUGCUAAGGACAUUGCAAAAGUUGAUGAUCUGGAAAAAUGUAGUAACAUGGUGGGCAAGGACGAAAUCUUGGCAUCUAAGUUACAUUCUAACGUUUCAGCCAUGCCACCUGCAAGGAAAAAGAAUGCAGAACCUAGAAAAUAUUUUCCCUUCAAACAAGGAUAUCUUGCUGUAGCAAUUCUUCGCAUUGGAGCCAACGGGAUACAUAUGACUGUAGAUGGCAAACAUAUCACUUCCUUUGCAUUCCGAGAGGAUUUGGAGCCGGAGUUUGUUGGUGAAGUAAGAAUUGAAGGAGAUAUCAAAUUGCUGUCUGUGAUAGCAAGUGGUCUGCCUACAACAGAUGACUUCGAGCAUGUCACUGACUUGGAAACAUUGAAGGCUCCACCUGUCCCCAUGGAUAAAGUUGUUGAUCUUUUCAUCGGGAUCUUCUCUACUGCCAACAAUUUCAAACACCGAAUGGCAGUCCGUAGAACUUGGAUGCAAUAUGAUGCUGUCCGCUCAGGAAAGGUUGCAGUUCGUUUUUUUGUUGGCCUGCAUAAAAAUGAGGUGGUGAAUGAGGAACUCUGGAAUGAAGCACGAACAUAUGGAGACAUCCAGUUGAUGCCAUUUGUGGAUUACUACAGCCUGAUUCUUUGGAAGACCAUAGCCAUCUGCAUUUAUGGGACAAAUGUGCUGUCAGCCAAGUAUGUGAUGAAAACAGAUGAUGAUGCUUUUGUUCGCAUAGAUGAGAUACUUUCUUCCCUAGAGCGAGUAAAUAUCAGCCAUGGACUGCUGUAUGGUCGUGUCAAUUCUGAAUCUCAGCCUCACCGGGAUCCAUAUAGCAAGUGGUACAUAACCCCUGAGGAAUGGCCUGAGGAGAGCUAUCCUCCAUGGGCGCAUGGGCCAGGAUAUAUUGUUUCAGAGGAUAUAGCAAAAGAAGUUUACAGGAAACACAAGAGAGGGGAGUUAAAGAUGUUCAAGCUGGAGGAUGUCGCGAUGGGGAUAUGGAUCAAUGAGAUGAAGAAGGAUGGCAUGGAUAUCAAGUACGGUAAUGAUGGGAGAAUCUUGGUCGAAGGGUGCGAGGAUGGGUAUGUGGUUGCCCACUACCAAGAACCAAGGGAUAUGAUGUGCCUCUGGGACAAAUUUCAGAAAACAAAACGAGGAACAUGUUGCAAAGAGUAACCGAACUAAUGCCAAGAGUUACUGUGGCUGCUAUCGUGCCAUUGCCUGAAGCCGUGAACCGACACAUUCAGGCUAGGACAAUCUUGAUGGCCCGUCUAAGAGGAUUCGAUUAGCUUAUGGGUGGUCAUUACUGGUUACAGAAUGGAAGGCGACAAAGUUUUGGAUGUCAUCCAGUUUCUUUUUAUCCGCAGUUGAAGAGUUUCAAGUCUAACUAGGGAAUACAUUACAGAUGAUGUAGGUCUCUUCUGUUUUGGGCAUAGGUAGGAGGUUGUUCUUUUGCUCGUAGUGUGGCUUCUUCUUGUACCAUAUCUUGUUAGAAUGUAGGAUACAGUGGCUGCAGAUUACAUUAGUAUGAUAGAUGGAGAGACACUAUUACCAUUCUUUCCAAAGGAUGCAUUUCGUAUCUGAUGUAAAGCUAUUUGACAACUAGUAUAUUAUAUGAUCCAUUUCAUAUUCACUGCAUACAUAAAUUUUCUUUCAAGCUA